GACGGAUUCGUAUCAUGGGAUGGUACGAUGCCUUGUUAACUUGUUGGGCUUGCUCCCCAUGGCUACGUUUCUAUUUUUCUUUGAGCUCUUGUUUGGAUGCGACGUUAUUGUUGAGCAGAUUGCUCCACUUUGUUGUUCCCAGUCUCUAAUGCGCAGGGACCGUUUUCCAUUUUUGAAACGUUUGUCAAACAGACGAAAUGGGCCGUGCCCGCGCUUGACAAUGCAACUUUUUUUUCUUUUUUUCCAUACGAAACAUCUAUUCAUGUGUGCGGUGUUCAUUUGUGUAUUUAAAUGUGAUGCAAUUGUAUGAACUAACCACCAUUCAACGAAUAAAAACGGCGACCAUUAGGUCCGAGCGACUACAUGGGGGCGGCAUCUGCAGGACCGGAACCAAGGACCAGCACCGACCACGCCUAUUUGUGGAGACAGGAC